GACGAUUAGUGUACCUGUGGCUGUGCUCGAGGAAGGGGCGUGUGUGUACGUGUGCCUCAGGUGUGUUGGGUGAUCUCUACGCCCCACGCCUCCACCCGUGCCAGCCCAGGAGUGCCACAGGGCGGGAGUGUUGCGAGGUGCCGCGGCUGUUCACAGUGCCAAGAGUGCCCCGCGUGUGUUUGCCUGGCAGAUUACACAGAUUGACGAAACUUCAACUUCCUCGACGUAAGGUCACAGGUCACGUUAGGUCGGCUCAGGUGCGCCACGUCAUCAGCCUUACCUGGGGAAGAAGAAAGGCAGAUGGUGUGAACCGAACGCCGCACACCUCCGGGAGACAUGCGUGACGGGGGACCUACAGCCGCGGCGCCCUUAGAGGCAGCCCACGGCCCGCCCUUCAGACCCAAGACCCCGCUGGGCUCCACCUCCUCAUGCUCCUCCAGCGUGGCGGGCGGCGGGCGCGUGCGGGCGGUGCGGCUGGUGCGGCGGAAGGGUGAAACAUAUGGGUUCAGUCUGAGGGGCGGCAAGGAACACGGCACAGGCUUCUUCAUCUCCCACGUUGAGCCUGGGUCUGAGGCCUUCCUGCAGGGCCUGAGGGCGGGUGACCAAGUGGUGCGCGUGAACAACAUGGCGGUGGACCAGGCCGUGCACAGGGAGGUGACAGCCAUGGUGCAGAGCAAGGCUUCGGUCCUCAUGCACAUCAGGAGCACCGGCAUUAUCCCCCUGAAAGAGCACCGCGGUGACCCCCUCACCUGGCUUGUGGUAGAUGACGAUGAGGAGCUGUCAGAUCACGGGACAGACUCCUACAGUGGCCCGUCCAUGGAAGCCACUCCCCCACCACACCACCGCAACCACCACCACCCAGCAGGCUACGCACGGGUCUACCUGUCCUGCAGCGGUAAAGUGGGCCUGGGCUGCAGCAUCUGUAAGGGCCCCCCAGAGAAGCCAGGCAUAUUUGUGCAGAGUGUGAAGGUUGGUGGUGUGGCAAGGAGUGCUGGGUUGCGGCCAGGGGACCAAGUUAUCGCCUGCAAUGAUGUCAGCUUUGCCCACCUGGAGUUUGCUGAGGCUGUGUAUGUGCUCAAAUCCUCCCCCCGCCUGGUGCUGGAUGUCCUGCAUGGCGCGGGGAUGGACCUGGUGGCAGGGGAGUCCUCCGGCUACAACUCCUCUGCCUCCUCCGUGGCAGGUGACCAAACCCCACCCUCCUCCUCCUCAGAUCCCCGUGACUCUGACCACAGUGUUGCCAGCAGACUGAGUGCUGUGAGCCGCCACCUGACCCUGGACCGCUCCCGUGGGUGGCAGGAGAUUGAGGACGAGUGGGCUGAGGCUGAGGCAGCAGACAAGAGGAAGCAGCUGCAGGCCUCCCAGAAGAUACUGAAGACAAGGGCACAGCGUGAUGCCAGCCAUCGCCUCAGCAACAUUGCCAGCAGGUCCCUGAGCAGCCUGAGUGCCGCCCUGAGGGAAGAGGAGUAUGAGGAGCAGCGAACAGCGUUCAGGGAUGCCAAACCUUCCCCAGUCCAGCCAGCCUGCCACCUUCCCUCACACUUGACACUCAAGUCAACACUCAGGAGCUCCCGGUCCACUGAUGACCUCUCUGAAGACACCAGUCACAAAAUAGCUCUCCUGACCUCGGCUGACCCUCAUGUGAACAACAUAGUGGUGACGGGCGGCCCCAAGGAUGAGCGGGAUGCUGUGUUCCGCCUGGAGCAGCUGUCCAGCGCCUCAGCCAGCAGGACUUCAACACUGAGCAGUGGCACGUCUCAGGUGACAGUGCGGUCAUCUUCUGGUAGUGGUGGUUGUCCAUCGCCGGGCAAGGCACCACCACCACCACCUCCCCAGUCCUCAGAGUACCUGGUGGAACAGCAGCUGCAGGAGCUGCGGCGGGAACAGAAGCGGCUGCAGGAGGAAGCAAGCAGGCUGGCAGAGGAGAGGCGUAGGUUUGAGGAGGAAAAACGGCGAGGAGUAGAAAGAACCCAGAGUGCUCCGCUGUCUCCCCUGGUGAUCAGCUGCUUGGGCCAGGCCCUCCCCCCUGGCUUCCAGUCUCCCCCAAGCCCCACCUCCUCCAUUUCUAGUGGCCGCCACACCACCCGGGUACUCAUCAAGUCCCCGCCCCCUCCCCCACCACCUCGCAGAAACACGACAACACUCUCUGCCCAACACAGCCCCUUCCAGUCCAACCAGGUGUCCCCCCCAGCCUCCCCCGCCCACAGCAGCAGCAGCAGCAGUGGCCUGGGCUCCUCCUGUGGCUCGGGUGCUCCCCCCCGUCGCUGCAAGAGCAUUGGAUCAAUCUCUGCCAGUAGUGGUGAGAGUAACGUGUGGGAAGAUCCCCCCGUUGCCCCCCAGGGCCUGCCACUCACUGCCAGCCCCAUGUGCCCCAGUGUGCCGCCCCCCACCCCACCAAAGCCCCCUGCACCUCCCAGCACACCUUCCAAUAGCACUAAUGGCCCCCCACCCCCGCCACCACCCCCUCCUCCUCCACCCACCUCUUCACUUCAAUAUGAUUUAGCCGCUGCCAUAAAUAAAGAGUUGGAGCGUCGCCCUGCACAGGACGUGCAGCGGAUUGAAGCACAACUCGACCAGUUCAAGAAAGACAAACCUAAAAGUGUUCCAGUUGAUCCCAAGAUGGCUCAAUAUGCCAAGUUAAUGGAGGAAAUCAAGAUAAAACAGAAGAAAAUGCUUACAAAAGACAACACAGGAGUGAAGGAAGAAGAGGAGAAAGAGGAGAGGGAGAAGGAGGCUGCCACAAAGGAGUCUAGUCCACCUCCUAAAGACCCAUCACCUCCCUCACCUCCCAUUGAAUUCUCCUCCAAGAUAAUCAACAGAAGUCAGCUGGGCCAGAACAAAGACAAGGAGGUGAAACGUGGGAGUAUUGGUGCCUCAUCCCUAAUGAACGGCACCACUGCCACACUUGCAUCAGCUAAGAGCACCACCCCCUCAGCCUCUGCCACCAACACCCUAACCAAGCCCAGGAUCAGUGUCGGUGGUGCCCCAUCAAAGCUCCCUGUCAGUAGAACCAACACAGCACCGGGGAACCAAGUCACCUCAUCCUUAGCCAAGUCAGCAGUAUUUGAGACACAGGUAUCUCGCAAUAAUCCGUCUAUACCACCUCCACCUCCACCACCACCACCACCACCGUCAUCCUCCUUCCACCCUGCCUUUGUCUGCUCAUCUUCCACUACCUCCACAUUUACAUCAUCGCCUCCCCACAGCAGCCCUGUACAUAACUCCUUUGGCAAACUGCAAAAUGGUGCCCAUUUAAUCUCUAGUCCGCCCCACCCAAGCCCUGCCAAGCCUCCCAAGCCUCCCCCAGCCCCCCCCGCCCCUGGGUCCCUGCCAGUCCCUGCCGCCCUGCCCUCCCUGCUGCCCCAUCUCCUGUCUGGGACCCCCACCCUGCCUCCUUCCGCUCAAUGGAGUGAGCGAGUGAGAGGCAGCAAGGGCCCCUCACCAGCCGUGCCCAGCAAGCCUCGGCCCCACUCCACCUACGCCAGCAGCACCAGCAUGGAGGAGUUCAGGCCAGAGGAUAAGCAGGCAUCCCAACCCACCGUCAAGCCUCCUAGUGCCUUCUUUGAGCCGCAGAAAAAGACCACCGGGAAGCCCCUGGUGUCAAUCAGUGCUUACCCAUCACCCAACCAGCGGCCCACCCCGGUCAGGAUGGAUUUCCUGCCCCAGGCUUCAGCAAAGGUUGAGGUGAAUGGAGUGAGUGCUGCUGAUGGACCAUCCACUAAGAUUGUUCUGCAGGAUGAGCUCAAGUCAACCCUCACCCGCUCCAAUCUGCGGCAGCGCAGCACAACCGAGCAGGUGUUUGAAGGACUUCCUCCCCAGGCCUCCAGCUCCAGCAGCAAGCCCUCCUUCACCACCACCACCAUUGUCAACACAGCCUCACCCCCCAAGGCUUCCCUCUCCAGCAAAUAUAGCCAUAUAGGCCAAAACAACACUGGUAUAAAAGGUGAGAGCAGCAAAGAAAAUGAGGCUCCAGAGUGCCCUCCUGCAGGCAUCCUCAAGCCCUCAGGCCCUUCCUCCACCAUCAGGCCGCUACAGAAGUCCAUAUCAUUUGGUGAUGUAACAACUGUAGGUGAGUCUGAGCCCCGGGCGUAGCAGUGGGGCCGGCCGGGGGAGGGCUGCCCUGUGUCACAAGCUGCUCCAGUGUUGUGGUGAUGCCAUGUGUGGAUUGUUGUAUGUAAUAUAGAACACCUCUGUUACUGUCUAUGUAAUGUUUUCCAGUAUACUACUACUUGUAUCUAAUCUGGUCACUUGUAUUAAAAGUAUAUACAUAUAUAUAAAUAUAUUACGUAUAUAUUUUUUAAAUAUUGUAAAUGUAAACCUCGUAACUUUUUUUAAGUUUCUAACAUUUUUCAAACCUCAAGUUGUGUGAAGAUUUAACAGUUCUAGAACACUUAUACCUAGUUUUGUACACAUGAAAUGUUUAUGUACAUAGCUAUAUAUAUAUAUAUAAAUGCAAUAUAGAUAUUUGUGAUUAUAUUUUACAUACCUAUGAAACAUGUAAAUAUUCAGAAUAUUAGUAGUUCCAUAGAGCAGUAUUCAAUAAAGUGAAAGUAGUUGUGUUUGCCAAGCUACCCAAUAUAUACUAUACUCUUUGUACACUAAACACUAACACUAAUUAAUAAAUUAUUGUUCAUGUAA